CUGGGUGUGGCCGAGCAGAGCCGCUUCAAGGUGUUCCACCGCAGCUUCCACAUCGUCGCCCUGAUCACGCUGAUCCUGGCCGAGAUCCGCUCCGUCCUGGAGCGGGCCGGGUACGCCGUGGGGCGCGGGAUCCACAUCGGACGACCGGUGCGCUACGUAGGGGGCAACGGCGCCAACGACGUCGCCGUGAAGCGGAUGACCACCGCCUGCCAGAACGCCGGGUUCGACGACGUGAUGUUCUACCCUGAACCGGUUGCGGCCGGGUUGAGCUAUCUGCGUUCCGCCUCGACGCAGCCCGAUCACCUGCUCACGUUCGACUUUGGCGGCGGCACGCUGGACCUGUGCCUGCUGUCCACGCGCAGCGGCGGUUCCAAGGUGGUGGCGACGCGCGGGCUGCCGAUCGGCGGCAAUCACAUUGACCAGCAGAUCAUGCGCGACGUGAUUUUUCCCGAACUUGGCGAGGGGUGCGCGGUGAAGAGCUCGCUGUCCCGGUCGGAGCCCGACUCGGUGUUUCCGUUCUACCGCUACCAGGACUAUCUGCUGAACUGGCAGACCUCCUACAUGUCGAACCGCCCGGAGCUCAUGGAGAGCAUCUUCGCCGCCAUCCAGUCCGGUCCCGACGCCCGCCGCAAACUGACCCGUCUCUGA